AUGGCUUUUAUGAGGAAAAGUAAGUUUCGGCAUGUAUUUGGUCAAGCUUUGAAACGGGAUCAGUGUUAUGAUGCCAUCCGUGUAACUAGAACAUCUUGGGAAUCAACAUACUGUGCAGUUAAUCCAAAAUACCUUGCUGUGAUUACUGAAGCUGCUGGGGGAGGUUCCUUUCUGGUGUUACCCCUACAAAAGACAGGAAGAGUCAAUAUGGACCAUCCCAUGGUGGCGGGUCACAAGGGCGCUGUGUUGGAUAUUGCAUGGUGCCCUCACAAUGAUGAUGUCAUAGCCAGCGCUUCAGAGGACUGCACUGUCAAAAUCUGGCAGAUACCUGAGGGUGGCCUUAAAGAAAACCUGACAGACCCGGUGGUGGAUUUGACCUCCCAUCAGCGGAGAGUGACACUGCUAGUCUGGCAUCCAACUGCUAUGAAUGUUCUGCUCAGCACAGGUUCGGACAAUUUGAUCAUCCUGUGGAACGUAGGAACUGGUGAAGCUGUGCUCCAGAUAGACAUGCCUGAUCAAAUAUACUCCGGUUCUUUUAACUUUGAUGGUAGUCGUUUUGUAUGUACGUGCAAGGACAAAAACCUGCGUAUACUUGAUACACACACAGGGAAGGUGUUACAGGAAGGGAAAGGUCACUUGGGCUCCAAACCUGCUCAGUGUGCAUACCUAAAGAAUGGCCAGGUUUUUACAACAGGAUUUUCUAAAAUAAGUGAAAGGCAAUAUGCACUGUGGGAUGAGAAUGACUUGAACAGCCCUAUCGUGAUAGAAGAGAUCGACUCUAGUAACGGUGUCAUGUUCAUUUUUUACGACCCUGACACAAGCAUGGUGUACUUGGCAGGAAAGGGAGACAGUAUAAUACGUUACUAUGAGGUGACAGACGAGGCACCUUUUGUCCACUUUCUGACACUGUUCCAAUCUAGAGACUCCCAGAGAGGCAUAGGUUUUAUGCCGAAGCGAGGGCUCAAUGUCAACAACAAUGAAAUCGCUAGGUUCUACAAGCUCCACAAUACAGGGCUGUGUGAAAUUAUCCCCUUUACUGUCCCAAGAAAGUCAGAGCUCUUCCAGGAUGAUCUGUAUCCUGACACAGCCUCCGAUGUGCCUGCUAUCUCCGCUGAGGAUUUUUUCUCUGGGAAAAAUGCUGAGCCAGUGUUG